GCCACAGGACGUCACAUUGUUUUCCUCAUUUCCAGGAGCGCUACUACAAGAGCGUCCCUGUUUCAUACAUUUAGCACACUAAAGUGAUUUGUAUUCUGUACGGAAUUGAAAUAGCAACAAUUAACCUUUAUUUUUGUUUGUAAGGCGGAAUUCAAGCCAGUUAAGCUUAUUGUGAAAGCAGCACAUAAGCUAAUAGACAGCGCACUGGCGCCUUGUAUCGUUAGCCGCUUGUAUCAUUGAACGCUAACGUUGCUUCACUAAAAGUCUGAAGCCUUUUAGAGCAAAAUGAUGAACUAUUCUGACUACGACUCUGACGGAUAUUCGUCUAAUGAAGACGCAGACUACGUCCCAUCAGAUGAUAACCUCAGUGAGGACGACAUGAAUGAGUGUGAAAAGGAAGAGCCUCUGAACGAGGGCGACAGCGUUCCGCAUCCUGGCGAUGUCAGCAAGAAGAAGAGGAAGAAAAACGACAUCGGUGUGAGAAAGAGGAAGAAAGGAGUACUGAAAGUAGACGAGGACGAGAGGGACGGAGGUGAAUCAGAAGAGUCACGGCCGCUGCAGGAAGAGGUGGGAAAAGUUCCGGCGGUACGGGAGAUGGACGAGGUAAAGCAGAAGAAAAAAUCUGACGACCUCUGGGCCAGUUUCCUGUCCGACGUUGGAACCAGACCCAAAGAGCCCACGCCGGCCUCACAGUCGGGUACCAUACAGAAGAAGGAUUCCUCAGUAUUGACGGUUGCAAAAGCAUCAGAACCUGCUAAAGUCACCAUCACCCAAGUGUUUGACUUCGCUGGAGAAGAAGUUAGGGUGAAUAAAGUGGUAUCAGCAGACUCCAAAGAAGCUAAGACUUACCUGAAGAGCCAGAACACCAAACAGGAGAGUGGAGACGAGGAGGAGGCUCCAUCACCGGGACAACCAGCUCUUCCUGGCCCCAGUGCCAAGCGCCCUGCAGGCAUGUCCAGCAUCCUGGGUCGUAUGGGGUCAAAGAAACUGAAGAUGAGCACGCUGGAAAAGUCUAAGAUGGACUGGGACGCUUUUAAGUCGGAGGAGGGCAUCAGCGACGAGCUGGCCAUCCACAACAGGGGCAGAGAGGGGUACGUGGAGCGGAAGAACUUCUUGGAGCGCGUCGACCACCGGCAGUUUGAGAUAGAGAAAGCCGUGAGACAGAGCAACACGAAGCAAUGACACGGACUGAAGGCACACACACACACACACACACACACACACACACACACACACACACACACACACACACACACACACACACACACAGUGGAACAGACGCUAAAGCUGCCUGUUUCUAGAUUUCCCUCUCUCUCUAAUGACAAGAGUUUCUGCUCCCCCAGUAAAGUGUGCUCAAACUGGUGCUGGAGUCUAUUUCAGGACAGGGGUAUUAAUAUGCUGAGUUUGCGGAACGACGGGGGUGUUGAGUGUUUCCUGUGCUUCCAUCCACAUGAGAACCAAUUAGAGUGUGGAAGCUCCACUCUAAAGACAUUUUUGGGGGAAGUGGGGUCACUCUUGCCGGUUCUUCUUCCUGACAGGGAGGAUUUAGUUUGUUUUAUUUUUGUAGUUUUGUCCAUUGUUUGUACUGUACUUUUUUUUAUUUGCAUAUAACAUGGAACUCAAGUUAAAUCUGACUGGUUAUAAUCUACUACUAAAAUAAAACCAAAGUUGAAGUAAACCGACAUUAUGGGGGAAAGAAAGCACCCCCACCAUUUUGAUGUAGUGCUGAUGGUUAAAGCCCCCAUGCGUACGUUUUGUAAAUUUCAGACAUUAGCAAUUCCCAGUUGGACUAUCCAAAAAGACGACAUAGCACACUCCAUUGCACCGCAAGAUGGGAUUUUUCAAGAUGUCCUACGAAAAGAUACUCAUCUUUUUCGGCUAUUUUCCUACUAAAGCCGCAAGCUUGUUACGUGCUUGCUGUGUUUUCAAAAUAAACUUCUGUCUUCACGGAAUCUCAAUAAGGUUUAUGCAAUAAAACUACUUGUUUAAGAAAAGAUGCCGUUUGGGUUAGAAUAACUGCUUUUUCAGAAACGUGCGAGUUGUGACAAAAACAUCACCUUAAACAUCAGUUAAAUUAUUGAACAUGACUUCUUCUUUAUCCGUCAUUGUUCAAGACUAGGUGGAAAAGAUACCAAAAACAUUUCAUGCGGUAUCUUUGAAUUACGGCGCAUUACUUUUCGUAGGUUUUUGCUAUGAAUGCUGGUUGAGACCAGCCUGAAGUUUUCUAUGGCAAAAACAAAGAUUAUCCCAUCAGAAAAAGUUGAAAAAUUGAGAAUUGCAUUAAAAUUCUACACAUGCUGGCUUUAAUGGCAGGGUUGGUAAUCUUCUUCAAAAAAAAUGUUUUGGGUGUUUUUUUGUUGAAAUUCUUAUUAAAUCCCGACAGCAAUCAAUAAAUCAAAUGCUCUGGAAAAAAGGGAGAAAAAAAUCUGAAUAUGGGCUGUCGCAGGACGGGUUGUUAGUGUUGCCCUGUGACUUUGGUAGCUUGUGUAUCUAGCUACUUUAAUUUGAAAAGAGUUUUCAAUACUGGACUGUGUUUUUUGGUUGGAACAUUUUUUUACUCUCGCUAGUUCCUCAAGAUUACCAACCCUGCCUUUAAUCCACUGAUGGAGAAUAGAUUUUGGGGCCCCUCAUAAAGACAGUAAUUGAUCAGUUUGUCCUUUUGUUGUUAAAGGUUUGGUUACAUUUAUGCCAUUGUUGAGUUUUAUCGUUUCAAUAUUCAACCAAUACUGUGUUUAGAAGUCGUUAAUGAUGUUUUUUUGGGGGGGGGUUGGGGAAAGAAAACUGUUUGUUGUUCCUUUUAAAUUUGAAUGUUUUCAUACUUUGUAAACCAUCAUGGGACACUGAAACACUCUGCUCACCACUGAAAUGAUAACAUGUAUACAUAGGUUUAGGUGACGAGCUUUCCUGGGACACUGUACAGAGCACCGUAACACUGAUCGAUACCACAACAGACGUGUAAUCAAUCAAAGCGCUUCUUACCCAUCAUAUCAGAGGAGGACCACACGGACCGGCCGUCCCUCAGGUGCUGUUUGCUUUGUCCUGCUCAUGAACAAACAUGAGGACAAAGACCGGGCUGUGGGAGGAGGACUGAUGUCUUGUUAGUUUGACCGUGGAGUCUUGGUGCAGCUCUCUGUUUAUUCAUGUAAAUAUUAGAUAGUCAAUAAACACAAAAGGAGUCAUUUUAAAAUAUGCUGGUUGAUUUAUUUGUGUUUGCUGAGGUGUCUGUGACUUUGUUCUCUGAAGUAGCAGGUGAAGAGCCUCUGCAUCCAUCAUUGUUCUUCGCAACUGUUGUAAUUUUACUGCUGACUGCACAGAUCACCUGGAACACCCUAAAGGAUCAGUAUUCAAUAGACAAAAUGUUGUGAAAUUAUACAAUCCUUUGAAUAUAUUGUAUAAAUAUGUAAAUGAACCAACCCUUUUCAAUAUUGAGAUGAGAAUGGAUGAAUUCCAACUGUCUCCUAAAAAUGAU